AUGGAGAAGGGUGAAAGGAUAGCAGCCCCAACUGUCAAAGUGAGAGAGUAGGCUAUUAUGGAUAGGGCAGGUACUUUUGUGUAGUUCCAGUCCCUAGAAGUGAGGACAUAGAUAAUAGUAACAUAAUAUUCAGGGCUGUCUAAUUUGAGUAUAAUUGAGUCUGUUUCUUGUGAUGUUUUCUGUCCUCAGAUACAGAGAGCUGUGAAAGCCUGUCUGCAGAUGAAGAGGUCCCAAUGAAUAUGAAGAGCAGUGGUUCUCAGUCCUGGUCCUGGGGACUCAAAGGGGUGCACAUUUUAGUUUUUGCCUUAGCACUACACAGCUGAUUCAAAUGAUCAACUCAUCAUCAAGCUUCAAGUGGUAUUUAUGUAUUCAUUUGUGAUGCUAUCCUUGAUGUGAUCCUGCUGUUGUCAUAUGUGUACACAUGCAUCUAUCUAUCCAAUAUUAUCAUGAUUUGUUAUAAGAUAUAUAAUACUUUAGUAAUCCACAAUGACCUGGUGAUGUAAAAGUCUUAUAAUGACAUUAUCUUCCAUAUUCCUACAGAUACCUUGCAACUGGAGAUUCCUUCAAAACGAUUGCCUACAGUUACUGUCUAGGGCACUGCACGGUUGGGUGACCAGGGCCAUCUGGGACUGCCUCCUGGGGAAAUUCAGGUGUGUGAAGGCUACCUGUGUCCUGCAUAACUUCAUGACAAUGGACACGAGGACCAGGAGGAGAUCUGCAGUUCACCGACGUGUGCCAGAGGAGAGGUCUGCUACUCUGCAGGAUGUUUCAAGGAUGGGGGCCAACAACACAGCACAGGAGGCAAUCCAUGUGUGGGAGAUCUUCACCUCCUACUUCUUCGAAGAGGGUGCUGUUCCCUGGCAACACCAUAGACUACACUAUGCACAACCAAAGGCUCUUUUAAGAGCCAUUCACAUUUCAAUAAGAGUAUUCUUCCAUUUACUUAGCUAUGUCAACUGCAGUUAUUCAAUUGAUUUCUACUUGCUGUUUAGGUAAGGGUGAUGUCUGUACAAAAACAAAACAGGCUCCUUUAAGAGUCACCCAUAUUGAAAUUUUUUUGUACAAUUAGACACCCUAUAACCCACAGCUACACACUCGUGUAUCAAUCUGAUUGAUGGAUUGUGUUGUGCAGUAAGCAGGCUCAGGUGUAUAACUGUGGCUCCUUCCACCUUCAAAGAAUAGGCAAGAGGACCAACCAUGGAGAAUAGUAAGACACUUAAUUAUUUAUAUUUAUAUAACUACGCUAUAUUGUUUGUCCUCGUGUGUCUGUGCAUGUUUUUCAGUAUAAAGUACUCUGCAGCCACUUAGUGUGGACAACAGGUGAGGCAACACACACAGAUUCCUGUUGAACACGGUCUCUUUAACUACCUUAUUUUCUCAAUAACAGUCUCUCUCCUUCACUUCAUCCCUCUCCCCCUUCUCCCUAAAUCCUCUAGGUUAUAUCAGCUGUGUCGGUGAACCCCUCCCGCAUCUGACCUGGCUACAUAGAGGGCACUGCAUCUUCAGAGGUGAGAGGUCACUUGGUCGGGUCAACAGGAAGUAUUAUUAAAGAGAUGCUUUACAUUGAAAUACAGAUAGAGAUGUAGUAGUCCCAGAGUUAAUGAUCCAAGGUCAGUUUUGCAUUUCACCUCCUGAUGAUUAUGAUGACUGACAGUGUUAGCAUGAUUAAGCCUUGUGUUUUUUUUUAUUCUAUCUCUCUCCAUCUGUCUCUCAUCUGCAGGUAUGUUUUGAUGUGAGAGAGGAUGCCAACCCCCAGUCCCGUCAUCGCCACCUCACCCGCUCUUAAGAUAACCUUUGGGCCAACUGGGGGCCCAAGGCAGGUCAGGAGACACCACUAGAGACACUAUUAUGUAAUUGUGAUGAACUGAGAGAAUAUGAAGUUUAGUAGCACUGCAACAUUAAUCAUAUGCAGUCUUCCCUGCUCCUCUGUUCUUCCCUCUUUCCCUUUCUGUAUUUUACACUCUUUCUCACACCUCUCUCCCCACCUCCUCUUUCUUCCUCUGUUUUUAUAAUGCACACCAGAUGUGCAUUGAAGUACAGAUUGAACUUUUAUUUAUAAUAUAUAUUACAAUUAUAAUAUUUAUAAUGCGUGUAUUAUGUAUUUAGAACACUUGGAUAAUUAACUUCUUCAAUAAAGCAUUUCACAUUCUCUACUGGUUGAAAUUAAGUCUCUCAUUUUAUGAAAUACUACACCUAUCCUGUGUCCUCAGAUCAGUGCAAAUGAAGGAAACUAGAUAUUGAGAUGAACCGGUUUUAGAGUAUUUACAUGAUGCAUAGGAAGUGUAGUGUACUGUUUUUUAAAUUCUGUUUCUGUAUAUAUGAAUUACAAAUCAGGCUUUAACUAGUUAAAUCAUGUUUCUAGUCUAUUGCAUAGUUACAAUGUGUAACCGUUGGACCAGGACCAGGAUUGGUAAACACUGUUGAAGUGUAUAAUUCAGGGGCGCAACUUUCACUGGGGAUGGGGGACAUGUCCUCCCCACAUUCUGAAAUUGCAUUUUAUCAUUGGAAUGUGAUACAAAACGAGGCAACGGUGUGCUUUAGGACCAUGCGGAUGCAUCCAAGCAGUCGGGUAGGCUGUUUGGAGUGUUUAUCUGACUGGAUAAAAAUUAUAUUAUGCUACAUGGCUAGCUACACAUCCAUAGGCAUACAGGUAUUUCUAUCCUCCACUACACAAUAAGCAAGCAAAUAGUUAGCUAGCUAUGUUACUUCAGCUGCAUUGCAUGUCAAAUAUCUGCAAGACAAGCUUACAAAAUUCUACAUUCAAUUUGCAGUAAAUGCUUUAGCAAUCUAGAUUCUUUAUAUCCACUGUUUCACCAGACGACAGCCUGGUUUGCUGGUUUUCUCAGGAGUUGCUAAAACAUUAAACAACACGAAUGACAAUUUCAUUCUCAUGUCACAACGCCCAUAAAGUUAGCUAGUCCGCUAGCUUGCUAAAUAGCCAUUUACGUAAAUUAACUUUAUGACCAGAAAUAUGCACUUGGGAAAUGCUGAAUGUUUUCACCGCCUCCCACGCCACAUUCGUGCUGCCCAACAGUCCCCCGCCCACUCUGCUUCUCACCACUCCUUCCACCCUGCACGGCACUGCGUGCUAGUGUACAUAAAGGGUAACGAGGCUAUAUACAAGGAGUACCAGUACCGAGUCAAUGGGCAGAGGUACGAGGUAGUUGAGGUAAUUGAGAUACAUUUGGUGUAUCAUUUUAUAACCGAAGGGACUGCGGGUUUACGACUAUCACUAGUGUGCACGUGUGUGUGUGUAUGUGUGUGUGAGAGAGAGAAAGAGAGAGAGAGAGAGAGAGAGAGAGAGAGAGAGAGAGAGAGAGAGAGAGAGAGAGAGAGAGAGAGAGAGAGAGAGAGAAUGUUUAUUUAUUUUCCCUUUUGUACUUUAACUAUUUGCGUAUCAUUACAACACUGUAUAUAGCCAUAAUAUGACAUUUGAAAUAUCUCUAUUCCUUUGGAACUUUGUGAGUGUAAUGUUUACUGUUCAUUAUUUUAUUGUUUAUUUCACUUUUGUUUAUUAGCUAUUUCACUUGCUUUGGUAAUGUAAACAUAUGAGAGAGCGAGAAAGAGAGAGGCAGCACACUCAAUCACCUCUGAACAGUCUGAGCAGGAUAGGGCCCUGGAGUGUUCCUCACUCUUAGCACUGUGCUGCUGUUACGCCCCUGAAAAAGGGGAGAAAUAAUCACGAGAGUGAUGCGGUUAUGUUUCCUCACUGAUGCGGGUAUGUUUCCUCACUGACAACUUUAGUGUAAUGAGGAAAAGACCGCAAUUUCCCCGGGAACUUGGGUGUAGACCAGAGCAAUCGAUCUCAGGCUCAUAGAUUAAGAGCAUUUAGUAGAUCACAGAUUAACACUUUUACCCUUAAAUUAGGCACCACAAAAUAAAGUAAUCAAUAUAACGUUUACACAUUCCUUUUACAAUUUUAACUUUUUAACACAAUUAUAUGAAUUUGAUCAAUCUCUAUGAACUAGUACUGAAUGCAUGACUGAAUGCAUGAUCUUUUUAACCUUAGAUAUUUUAAGAUCCUCACAUACCAUGAACUUACUAAUACCUUUUAGUGUAUAACAGGCUAUGAGUAUUUCCUUCAACCUGUCACACGCUCCCUGACAAAAUAAAUGUUGUCCCAACAUUACCAACAUUGUCUUCUUAAACAGUCUAAAUGCACUGGACGUAGAAAAUCCUCUUCUGUAAGCUAGUACUUGAGCAGAGGUCAAAGUUCACAGUUAAAAUAGAACCAAUAAGUUAUAUUCACAGUCCAUAUCUGUUGACCAGCUAUAUAAACAGUCCAUAAGCAGUCUUUUCUCAUACUAUUGUCAACAGUCCAUCAGUUUUAAUGAUCUAUAUGCAUAGUCAGCAAAUUGUCUCUUGUGACAGUCUGUGAAAUCAGUCAGUAGUCCAUGGUCAAACAUGUCAACUCUGUAGCCUCAUGUUUGCUGAAGUCCAUACAUGUAGGGUGGCUGAAGGUAAUAUCGCUGUAGUGAUGGCAGCCAUGGAACCAGUCCUGGUGCAGGGUAGACAGGGAACAACUGUGGCUGUAUACUGUAGCAGGAAGGGAUACCAAGCUGAUCAUAGGUGAUACGUCUUGGAGGGUGUCUCUCUCUUUGUGGCAGCUGGUAGGCUGGUUCCUCAGGUUCAGCAGCAGCAGUUAAUGAAGGAAAGGCACUUAGUGGACGAUCAUCAGGCAAAUUUUCAGCAGGCAAGUUAAUCUCCUCAGCAGGCAGGUCUUUAACUGUUGUUGUCUCCUCCAGCUGCUUUUCAACAAGAGGCUGUGCUGGUAACGUAUCAGGAACUGGCACUGCAACUGUCUGUUUCACUGGUGGGGGCCUGUGUUCCGACUCUCUCGCUGGUUCAGCAUACCUCUCCUCAGGUACUGUAGGAGAUGUGGGGACCUGUAGCGGCUCAUGAUGAAGGUCAUAUUCAUCCUGCUGUCUUCAUCUGAAUCUAGAGGCUGUGAUGCAGGCUGAUGUCUCUUUUUUUUCUUACUUUUGUCAUCUUUAGUCAUUUCUGGUUGUGUCUCAAAAGGUAAGUGGUCACAGGACAUGCACAGGUUUCUGCGCAGGACCCGGGAGCGUCCCCUACCCUUUUCUGGUCUCAACUCAUAAAUCGGCAGGUCUGAACCCAUUUGUCUCACUACUGUGUGAAUUUGAUCUUCCCAAUAGUUACGGAGUUUGCCUGGUCCUCCUCUUGGUGUCAGGUUUUUAAUCAGAACUCGCUCGCCAGGCUGUAGCACUGAACUCCUAACUUUAGUGUCAUAGUACUUCUUACUUCUUUCAGCAGCUUUUUGAGCAUUUUCAUUUGCAAUGGCGUAUGCUUCUUCCAUCCCUCAUUUCCAGUUCUCCACGUAGUCUCACUGGUUACUGGAACCUGCCUCUGUGCACAAUCCAAAGAGCAUAUCAACUGGAAGCCUGGGUGAUCUCCCAAACAGAAGAUACAAUGGUGAAUAGCCAGUCACUUCGCAACAGGUGCAGUUAUAGGCAUAAACCAGUUUGUUCAGGGACUCCUUCCAAUUUGACUUUUGCGUCUCAGUUAGUGUCUUUAGCAUUUGCAACAAUGUUCUGUUCAUUCGUUCCACUUGACCGUUCCCCAUCGGGUGGUAGGGUGUUGUUCUGGACCCCGCCAUGCCACUGAGUUUCUUUAACUGAUGGAACAACUGAUUUUCGAAUUCUCCCCCUUGGUCAUGUUGGAUGCGGGCGGGGAACCCAAACUUCAAGGCAAAGUCAUUGAAGAUGAGAUUUGCAGCAGUUUUUCCUGACUUUGAUGUGGUGGCGUAGGCUUGGGUGAAACGUGUAAAAUGAUCAACAAUCACGAGGAUGUACUCAUAUCCCCCUUUGCAUCUGUCGAGAUGGAGGAAAUCUAUACAUACCAGUUCAAAUGGCUGUGUUGUCACAAUGUUUGUCAGAGGAGCUCUUGUUUCAUGGCCUGGCUUUUUCUGCUUGACACAGCUACAAGUUUUACAUUUACAUUUACGUCAUUUAGCAGACGCUCUUAUCCAGAGCGACUUACAAAUUGGUGCAUUCACCCUAUAGCCAGUGGGUUAACCACUUUACAAUAAUUUAUUUAUUUAUUUAUUUAUUUAUUUAUUUUGGGGGGGGGGGUAGAAGGAUUACUUUAUCCUAUCCCAGGUAUUCCUUAAAGAGGUGGGGUUUCAAAUGUCUCCGGAAGGUGGUGAGUGACUCCGCUGUCCUGGCGUCGUGAGGGAGCUUGUUCCACCAUUGGGGUGUCAGAGCAGCGAACAGUUUUGACUGGGCUGAGCGGGAACUAUGCUUCCGCAGAGGAAGGGGAGCCAGCAGGCCAGAGGUGGAUGAACGCAAUGCCCUCGUUUGGGUGUAGGGACUUAUCAGAGCCUGAAGGUACGGAGGUGCCGUACCCCUCACUGCUCCAUAGGCAAGCACCAUGGUCUUGUAACAGAUGCGAGCUUCAACUGGAAGCCAGUGGAGUGUGCGGAGGAGGGGGGUGACACAUAGUCACAUAGUGCUCGAUGUCAGAUUGCAUAUAUGGCCAGAAGAAGCGGUCACGUACUAGUGAUACAGUGCGGUCAGUACCUUGGUGUCCCAUGUUAUUGUGCAACUCUUCCAUCACUUUACCUUUAUACUGCUCUGGUAGAACUAACUGCUUGCGGGCUGUAGUGAUUCUGUACAGAAUGCCAUCACUGUCUAUUGUCAAUUUGUCCCAUUCUCUGAAUAGGCAUUUUGUCUUUGGACUAGAUUCCUUUUGCUCUUUAACUGGCGGUUUGGAACCAGACAGUUUGAAAUCGAGCACAGGACAGAUGACCGGAUCAGACUCUUGUGCUUCUCUUAUCCCAUCUUUUGGAAUCGAGCUGAUUGUUGCAGUGGUUGUCUCACCUUCAGCUGAUACUGACAUAGAUGCAGCUGAAAGUGACCAAGGUACAACAGACUCUUUCUGUAACUCAACUGCUUGUAUUGUGGCGGCAAUGGUGUCUGGUGGAAGCUCCUCAGAACAUUCUCUCAUCAGUGACUCUACAUCCAGUGGCAUCCUCGACAAAGCAUCUGCAUCACUGUUCUCUCUGCCUGGCCUGUACUUUAUUGUAAAGUGGAAAUCAGCCAAUUCUGCAACCCACCUGGAAGUGGUUGCAUUCAGUUUUGUAGUAGACAGAAUGUAGCUGAGCGGGUUGUUAUCGCUGUAUACAGUGAAGGUCGGAGCAUAGUACAAAUAAUCGUGGAACUUAUCAGUGAUUGCCCAUUUUAGAGCUAGAAAUUCUAGCUUACCAGAGUGGUAGUGCUAGUUCUUCUCAGCUGCUGUUAAGGUUCAAGAACCAUAAGCAAUGACCCUAAGCUUCCCAUCUUGCUCUUGAUAAAGAACUGCUCCCAAGCCUUGGUGUGACGCAUCAGUGUGUACAACAAAUGGCUGAGUGAAAUCAGGGAAACCUAAGACUGGUGGGUGAAGCAAACACUCAAUCAGCUGUUCAAGUGCCUGUUGAUGCUGGUCAGUCCACAGGAUUGGCUUGUUUGAGGGCACCACAUGACUUACUUUCUUUGUUUUUGUUUUCCGUGGGUGGUCAGGUAAUUUCUCUGAAUCUGCUUUCAGGAGGUCAUACAGACAGCUGGCCCUCCUAGAAAAGUCUUUGAUGUACUGUCUGUAGUAAGUGAGUAAACCAAGCAUUUUUCUGAGCUGGCCUACAGUCUCUGGUCUGAUUUCUUUCAACGCUCUUACUGCUUCAAAAUCGGCUGGGUCAACUCUGCUGCCCUCUGCAGACACUAUUCUGCCCAAAUAACGGACCUGGGGUUUAAAGAGAUCACACUUACUUGGCUUGAGUUUGAUGCCGUACUCUCUGAGACGCUGCAAAACUUUUCGCACAUCAUUCACAUGGCUGUCGAAAGUUUUACUGAAAACUAGCGUGUCGUCCAGAUAAGGAAUGCAGAUGUUAUCCCGGAGCCCUUCCAAACAUUCCUCCAUACAAUGCUGAAAAGCUGCAGGAGCGUUCAUGAGGCCGAAUGGCAUACGUAUCCACUCAUAGAGUCCCCACGGGGUCACAAAUGCUGUCAGUGAUCUGCUUUCUUCAGAGAUGAACCCCUGGUGAUACGCUUUUCCCUGAUCUAAGAGGGAGAACCAGGAAUUACCACCUAAACUGUCCAUGAUGUCCUGGACCCGAGGGAUGGGCUGGCGGUCGGGAUGUGUCUUUCUGUUCAGGUCUCUGUAAUCUAUACACAACCGGAGGGUCCCGUCCUUCUUUCUAACGCACACGACAGGUGAAGAAUAUGAAGAGUUUGACUUCCUAACCCAGCCCUGGGUUAUGAGGUCAUGAAGGUAACCCUUCAUCUCCUGAUACAGUGGCCUGGGCACUGACAUGUAUGUGCGCCUGACUGGUUCAGAGUCCUUUAGAGAAAUAGUCAUUUUCAAUCGUUCAAUGCAGCCAAUGUCAUUGUCUGAUCUGGAGAAGGAGUGACACUCUUCUCUAAGCAUUUGCCUAACAACCUCUCUCUGCUCUUCGGUUAGGUGACUUAAACCUACUGUUGGAUCCCACUGUUCAGUAGCAGUACAUGGGGUUCGAACGCUGGUGUGAUUCACUGUGGCUGGGGUGACAGCUUUUUCAAAGACUUGGGUAGGUAACACAGUCAUAAUUGUUUGUACUGUACUGAUUAGUGUGCGUCCUAGCAGGGCAAUGUUGUGGUCAGUGGGGUUAGAGACAUCAAGCAUGAUAACUGGAAAAACACCUUUACUGACUCUGACUAGUGUGUCAAAGAACUCAAGUUCAUCUGGCCACUGCAGGUUCAGGUCUGGCUGGAAAAGCAUUGUCAUGUCCUCUUUGAAAGGCUGGGGAGCUACACGGCACUCAAUCUGAAUGCUACUGUGUUUUGGUACAGCAAUCUUCUCUUUCUUGGUUUUCACUGCAUAUUCAUCUGUCUGUAUAAAAGCUCUCACCUUGUUUAUUUUGAGGCUUGGGAAAGCUUUUUUCACUGUACUGUACCGUUUAGUCUUUUCGGUCAUUGUCAGGAUGUGCUCGAUAACAUUGAAACCUAUGAUGGGAUGAGAUAGGUGACAGCCUUUCAUUACCAGCACUGGGAUGAUCAGUUCCUUUGUUUGGUCAGUUUCAGAGGCUAGCCGAAAAGUUGUUUCAAUCAUCCCAGGUACGGCAUUUCAGUGUCAUUUGCUGCAGUCAAUCUUAGAUCAUCAGGUGAGUCCAGCAUUUCUGAAACAUCCCUCAGCCUUGCGUUUGGGAGAGAUUCCUCUUUCCAUCGUUCAUCAAUGACCGAUACCUGAGAGCCUGUGUCCCAUAGGGCUUGGAGGUGGUGGCGAUUCAGGUGACACUCAAUAAGGCACUGUUUGCCGACUAGUGAGGUGACCUUAUGGGGGUGGCAAACUUGAGCUAGGGAUGGUAAAGAGUGGGCAUUUUCCUCUGUACAGGAAAGCUUUUCACUGGUAGAGUCAAUUUUCAGGUGAGUGCAUUUUUCCUUAUGUUUAGUCCAAUGUUGGUUUUGACAUCCUUUGGAACAGUACAGUGUUUCUUUACAUGAUGAACAUUGUUUCAGGUUCUCAAAUGAAUCUUCUCUGGCACAAUUUGCAAAUUUCUGGGACUUUUUGGUAGCUACGGUUAACACUCGUCCCUCAGCGGUAACCCUUCCCCGUUUAAAAGGGGCCUCUUUUGAUGGUCUGACUCCCCGGAUUUUACAUCCAGCUUGAAAAUGUUCUCCACUCCCACAUCUUAAGCAGUGUGUGCAGCGUGCAUCUAUUCUGGCCUGCUGGCAGACAAAACACCUCCUUGGAGCUUGAGCAGAGCGGUUGGUAUACAGGUUAGGUGCAUAUUGAUGCUGCGCAGGGUCAGGUGCUUGGGGCUGACUGUAGUUGCUGUAAUGCUGCUUCUGGGAAACAGGUGGCUGGGGGUCCCUAUCUGGCCUUCUAACUGGAGGUGGGGCAUAGGCGUAAGGCGGUGACUGAAACAUAGGCUGCUGUAAUGUCUCCUUAAUCUGAGCAAUCUCUGCACUGAGACCUUUUAGGGAAGCUACACCUGUCUUAAGUUCAGCUAACUCUGUUAACAGUUCUGCGGGUAUCUUAGCUUUGGCUUCCUUCACAGGACACUUUGCAGAUGGCGUAUCUUCUAACUGGACUACACUUACAGUUGUAGCAGGCUGUGGGGCAUUAAACCGCUUUUUGUUUCGUCUUUCUAUCUCAUUAGCACAAGCAAUGUUAAGCUUCUCUAGCAAAACCUCAUCCGAUGUUUCGCUAUCUAGCAGGAGAGGCUGCAUGUCUAUCCUGAUACUGUCACUCUGGAGACCUGUAAGGACUGUGUGUAAACACAUGCACUGGACUAGAGCAGGGUCAUACCCUGAUUCUGACUCCUGGGACGCAAAUAGUACUUUCUGCCUCAAAUCUAAGACGCACAUCAGGAAGCUUUGAGGGGUCUCCUUGCUAUGCUGUGCUUCUGAAGCUAGCUCUUUGUAAAGCUCUGUUGCACUCUUCUCUUGGAAGUGGGAACGCAGGAUGCAUCUAAGUGUGGGAAGAGUUAGCUGGGGUUUACCUUCCAAGUAGCUGCGUAGCUCUGAGCCUGGAGAAAUAGCCCUGAUUACCGCAUCUACUAUUUCUACCUCAGGAUAGCCUCUGUUAAAUCCAUUCUCAAUCUGAUGGGCAAGGCUGGAAAAAGUCAGUUUAUCUUUCUGGCCCGGUUCACCUAUCUGACCAGAAAAUUGUAACUCCUUGCGCCAGUAUGAGGCGGGCUGUGCACUGGGUGAGGGCUGCAUGCUCCCCUGAAGAUGGGCAGGGGGUUGGGGCUGGCGCAGAGAAUCACUGGCUUUUCCGGCUGUUUCAAUAUCAUGGUCAGUUUGCCCUGCUUUGUUAUCUAUGCCACUAAUCAUCUCUGUCAUUUUGUCUUUAAGUAGCAACAAUUCCGACAUGCCGCCAUCGUCUAACUCUGCAACUUCCUAUCUUUCAAGGAACAUCAUAAUGUGAGUCAUCAAUGAUAUGCGGGAUUUGUCUUGAACAUCUCUUCUCUGUUCGCCUGUUAUGUCAAGGAAAUCACAUACGUCUAGUAACUUUUCUUUAGUCAGGGUGUGCAAUUCUCCUACUACCUCUUCCUGUAGUUCUUCCAAGGCGGUUGUCAUGUUGACAGGAGGAACUUUUACUGUGCAGGAGUUGACUCUGAAUUAGAUGGUCCUUACUGUCUCUGAUGGUCUCUCAAUGGCCUCAGUUGUCACGUACUUAACCACCAACUUCCAUCUCCCCUCGAACAGCAACACUUUCCUUACUGCAGCCUGCCUGGGUUGUUAUGUGGGGAUUUAGCUGGCUCGGAAUUCAGCGACCAGGAUGUGGAAACCGGACAUCUGAGCAGCAAUCUCAGCGGAGCCUCCAAAAUGUUACGCCCCUGAAAAAGGGGAGAAAUAAUCACGAGAGUGACACAGUUAUGUUUCCUCACUGAGAACUUUAGUGUAAUGAGGAAAAGACCGCAAUUUCCCCGGGAACUUGGGUGGAGAUCAAAGCAAUCGAUCUCAGGCUCAUAGAUUAAGAGCAUUUACUAGCUCACAGAUUAACACUUUUACCCUUAAAUUAGGCACCACAAAAUAAAGUAAUCAAUAUAACGUUUACACAUUCCUCUUACAAUUUUUACCCUUUGUACGCUUGACGGGUUUUAACUUUUUAACACAAUUAUAUGAAUUUUAUCAAUCUCUAUGAACUAGUACUGAAUGCAUGAUCUUUUUAACCUUAGUCACACUGCUCCCUCUUCACUAACUGGGCAUUGUUGUCUCUCCACCCACUCAGAAGCUAUUGCUACAAAGUGGAUAGCUCCACUUUCUCUGCAGGAUUGUACAAAUCACUACCUGUUAGUCUGCUCAGAGAUAACCAACAGAAUAACACACCUGCAAUGUUCUUAAAGAUGGAGAUAAAGGUUUUGAUUGGACUUCAUCUACAGUAUGCAUCUCAAAAACAUAUAAUAGUAAUGCUAACAUGUGGCCUCCCUAAACUCUCUCCAAUACUAGCUCUCCAUACUCCCCAUUCACAGUUUCUCUCCUCGUCUUUCCUCUCCUCUUCUCCAGAACUUGUACCAGAACAGGUUUCUGGGACUCGGACUAGCAGGUAUGGCAUCCCCGUCUCGUUCGUCCCAGAACCGCCGGCGCUGUAAGCACCCGAUCCGCCACAGCUACAAUCCCGAGCAGUUCCCUAAUGUCAACUUCCAGAACGGCUUUCCCGAGGACGUGGCGACCAUGCACCGCUCGACCAGCGACACAGACCUGGUGACAUCACACAGCCGUUCCACGCUCACCGUCAGCACCUCGCUCUACGCCAUCGGUCAGACCCAGGACAUCCUCAUCUGCUGGGACAUCAAGGAGGAGGUGGACGCUGGGGACUGGAUCGGCAUGUACCUCAUUGGUGAGCACUGCCAUAAAAAAUGUUAGAACAUUUUUACAAUGGAUUUUCAUAGAAGCAAUAAGUAACAGUAGAUGAUAGAGGCAGCUAGAGACAGUGAGAUGAAGAGCAGUUUGUUUCCAAUCUUGUAAAGCUGUUACACAUACUGCAUGUGAUCUUCUUUGAAGUUGCUUGUGAGGAAGAGGAAGAAAUGUCUAGGACAGGAACUAGAAUGUCAAGUCUACAAGGGACUGUAUGUACAGUACAUAGAGUGCAAUGCGAUGACUCCGGUCAUGUCCGGUCAUGUCAGGUCUGCAUUCCCUUAUCAUUUGAGGUAAUCUAAAGGUGUUGAUGUGGUGUCCUGAUAAGGUGUUGUGGGGCUCAGACACAGUUAAUGUAACAUAUCCACAGGUAACUGACAAUGCUUGUGUGAUAAUGUAAUGUGACUUUGUAUCUCACCUUUCCUCCCUCUCUUUCCUCUCUCUCAGAAGAAGUUUCGUCUGAGAACUUUCUAGACUACAAGAGCCGCGGAGUGAAUGGUUCCCACAAGGGCCAGAUAGUGUGGAAAAUUGAGGCCAACUCCUAUUUUGUGGAGUGUAAGUGCAUUUCUGGAAAUACAUCCAAAACCAGCUACAUUACAGUACACAACAUCCCCCACAAACUGAGAGAGCUGUUUUAUAACGGAUGUAGCAUCUAGCGCUCAGAACAGGACACUGCUUCGUCAGGGCAUAUUGCAUAUCUUUACAUAACACUGAAACUAUCUCAUAACUAUUUUGUUUCUCAUUACCAUUGUGACCAUUUUGUAUCAUGCAUAUCUGCAGACUUCCAUAAGUUUCAGGAUUUCCCUGUAGAAUCACAAAUCCUUCUUACUCUGCACAGAUGAAAGCAAGUCUAUUAGGCAAGGGAUUCCCAUCAAUAAAAUAAUUUACAUCAUUUACACAGCCAAAUGAUCCCAUUAGUUCCACUAGACUAGAACCCACACUGACUGUAUAGUACAGUAGGCCCCGGUGUGGACAGCUCUGGUUAGACACAAAGUGGAUCUAUGAGUAAUUACCAUAGGGCUAUCCUCCUCUCAUCUGGUCCUGCUAAUGUAAGGCUUUGUUAUCUGUGGGUGAUUUUGUUAUUUAGCUAACACUGCUUAUUGCUUAUUUACCUAAAGUAAGACUCAUCCCUCAAAGAGCUCCUCCCACCUCAUCAGUGGGGACAGCUCAUUCGCAAGAAUCAGAUAUCAAUCAAUAUUUUAGCCAAUACCAUUCGCUGGUGCCUGUGUGCCUCCCUGUAGGCUCAGUGGUGUUGAUUCUAAAGCAUCUCAAUUUAGCUACCACAGUAGAUUAGCAGCUUGGAAAGCAGCCACUGAGAUUCUUAUCUCUCUGUGUAAUUAAAGUGAAAGUAUGAUCUGUCUGUGUCAGACUCUCCGCUGCUAAUAACCAUGUAGCUGAGGACAGUCAGCUCUCUCUCUCCCCCAGUUUAUUGGCAUGCUGCUCACAACAGCUUUCUUAGGUCACGCUGGUGUGGCUCUGGCCUGUUUUUGAGAGCUGUCCAACUGUGAAACGUGAUAAAGGUGCCAAUAAACAGAGAAAUAAUGUAUAAUGCAAACAGUAGGUCAUUCUAAAAAGAAAGGACAAUCUCUCUCCUGUUCAUAAACUAACCCAUGUCCGCUCUCUUCUGUCAUCUGUCUCUUCUUUCCUCUCAGUGGAGACCAAGAUCUGUUUUAAAUACUACCAUGGUGUGAGCGGGGCACUGCGUGCCACCACCCCCAGUUUGACUGUGAAGAACCCCUCGGUUCCGGUGAGUGUGUAGGACUACUUAGACCCAACCUGGUAUUAGUGCUACAUGGGCUCUAUGUGUUCAUAUGGGCUUCUCAAAGGGCACUGAAGUAAGAGAUGGUGGGUGAAUUACAAUGGAUCUACUGUAUGUCUUUCCAUCUCAAGGAUAUAUUUUUCCAUUGUCUGGGUUGAAGCUUAUCACUAGAGCCUAGAGUGGUCAGAAACAAAUCCUGACUGUUCCAGAAAGGGGUCAGCAUCUCAUCUGUUGUCCAGUGUUACCUGGAUUACUAGGGGUUAUCAGACGUGACAUAAAGGGAAGCUAUAUUGGGUUUAGCAAUCCAUUAGAUUGGUUAGCCUUCUUUUCUCAUUGACUGGAAAAGAAAAUCCUGAAAUUGAAAGAGAUCUACAAUAGCACUAAGUGUAAAUUAUUAUACGCUUAUUGGCUGGAUGACAUUGCCUGUCCUGAGAGAGAUCACGCACAGACAGACAGUAUGUACAGUCUAAGAGAUAGACAGACAGAUAAGCCACAGCCAGAGGUGAACAGAGAGCUGGAGGGGAAUCAGAGAAUUUCCUUGUGUUGUCCCUGUUGUGGAGUAUACUGUAGUAGAGGUCCCCUGUGGGCACUUAGUCCCAGCUGUCUGCUGGAGGCCCACUGCAGCCAGGGAGUGACAUGCAUCAGCCCAGGCCUAGUCACUAGUCCUCCUAGAGAUCACACCCAGAGGAACAAUCUCAGAGAAACACAUCAAUGCCACAGCCUGUCAAAUGUCAUUGUAUUGUUACUGCUGUGAUGGUGUGUGUGUGUAUGCGUUCGUGUGUUUGCAUCUGAUCCGUAUCCCGCACUCACAUCUCUCAGUGGCCCUCCAUCAUCUCUCAGUGGCCCUCCAUCAUCUCUCAGUGACCCUCCAUCAUCUCUCAGUGACUAUUUUCCAUUAACCCGCCUGCCUGCUAUAAAGACCCUUAGGCAGGCUUAUACCUGUGGAGGAGGAGCAGGGAGGAGAGGUGCUGUAAAGGCUGGCGCUGAUGUGACUCUCUCUCUCUCUCUCUCUCUCUCUCUCUCUCUCGCUCUCUCUUUCUCAACCUAUCUCUCUCUCCCUCUCUCUCUAUUUAGGUGUUUAAGCCCAUCACCAAUGAAGAAGUCCCCCAGAGCACAGGCAGCAGAAGACUCAUUAGCUUCUCCCUCUCAGGUGAGCAUGGCCCAGCACCCCCCACCACCCCCGUUACCCUGACAACACAUCUCUACAGGGUUGGGCCAGCACACGUGCCAGCAUCAUUGUGGCAAAGGGCAACACACAGCUUGCGUCUCCAUAGCAACUCAUCCCAGGAUUCAGAUACAGUACUAUCAUCCAUCUGGAGUACAUCAUGUUCAUAACAGGAAGGAAUGUUCUGUGCCAACUGCCAACUGGCAUGAUACAGAAUGCUAGCAGUUAGAGAAAUAUCGACAAACCCACACUUACAUGACGGUGACGAACAGGAUUCCUUUCUCCUAACACUUCCAUACUUAAAUGGGGCUGUUUCAUUCCCAAACGCUGCAUGAAGAAAUACAUCACAUCUGUAGAAAUGUCACAAAAGCAUCCUAACAAGUAAGGUUGUGACUCAUCAUAGGAAAAGCACAGUGAGUCUAUUGUGCUAAGUGUUUCUGACAGUCCUGAGUUGGGUUGGAUUCCUAACUGUGAGGGAUGCAGCAGCAGUAGAGGCGGUAUGAUCCAGUUCCAUCUUAUUCACAGUGAGGUAGUGCAGACGAAAGGUGGGUGUGACAGCUUGCUAAGUCAUGUAUCCAAACGGUUCUCUCCCCCAUGGGAGAUGUCAGGAGGAGGCAGAUGUGAUUUCAGACAGCAGCUCUUCCCCCUUCGUCUUCAGCUUUGAUCAACACAGGCUUACAAAUACUAAACAAACAGACUGACUGUAGUUGUCCCUGUCUAGUCCCAGAUCACUAGAAGGCUAUGCUACUGUAUGACAUGGCUGUCACAAAUAUUAGAGAGCAGAGAUGGAGAGAAGUUAAAGUUAAAUGCCAUGCUAUGCAAAAUAAUAAUUCUGUCUAGACUUAUUUUUCAGGGUGAGUUUAUGCCCCUCUAUUGUAGAAGUACAGCAUACUGUGGCAACACAUAUUUAACAGGAUAUUGAACUGAAUUGAUUUGCAGAGCUAAAAGGAACAUUCUCUUUCUCAAGGACAUUCCUGCUGCCUGCACUCUGCUCCUCUUUGUCAGAAGUAUGGGAUUUUCUUAAGCCCUUAAAGGUGUCAUUUUAAGGGCCUUUUAUCCUCCUUGUGUCCUCCUCUAUACUCUCAUCGUCUCUGGUAGAUUUCCACGCCACGGGGCUGAAGAAAGGGAUGUUCUUCAACCCUGACCCCUACCUGAAGAUCGCCAUCCAUCCCGGCAGGAAUAGCAUUUUUCCGGCGCUGCCACACCACGGCCAGGAGAAACGCUCAAGCAUCGUUUGUAACACCAUCAACCCCCGCUGGCAGAGAGAG